AUGUGGAACACGACGACUACGAGCGAUUCGAGUGUGCAGGCUGUGAGGAUUGGGAGCACGUCGAGCGAGACGGUGAAUCUGCAGCCGAUGCGGGGCACGCUCGGGACGACGAUCCUCGGCCAACAGAAUAUGGCACUGCAAGCACAGAAUCCCGAUAUCCUCGCGCCACCGACGACGGACAGCGGGGUGAUUCCGGGCGGAAACAUCAAGUGGCCGAUGACUCUGAGCCCCAUGCGGCUGCAGACGGGUGGCUGGGCGAGACAGCAGAAUAUCAACCAGAUGCCAAUCGCAACCUGUGGGUACUUGCGUGGAUCUAUGGCUGGUGUCGACAUGCGUCUUGAAGCCGGCGCAAUCCGGGAGCUCCAUUGGCACAAGACAGCUGAAUGGGCAUAUGUGCUCAGCGGCUACAUGCAAGUCACCUCGGUCGAUCAGGACGGCAGGAAUUACUUGGGCAACGUCGGCCCCGGUGAUCUCUGGUACUUCCCGCCUGGUGUUCCGCACAGUCUGCAGGCGACGAACGAUGAUCCCAAUGGGGCAGAGUUUCUUCUUGUCUUUGACAACGGAGACUUUAGCGACGACUCGACAUUCCAGCUGACGGACUGGCUCGCACAUACGCCGAAGGAGGUGAUUGCGAAGAAUUUCGGGACGAGUAUCUCCGCGUGGGACGAGCUGCCUGGCAAGGAGCUGUACAUCUUCCCUGGCAAUUCGCCCUCCCCUGAUGCGCAAGCGGUAGAGGACCCAUACGGGCAGGUGCCGAAUCCAUUCACGUUCAAGAUGUCGAACAUGUCGACGACACCGCUUGCCGGGGGUUCAGUCAAGAUCGUCGAUUCGCGUACGUUCCCGGCCGCGACGGCAAUUGCGGUGGCCGAGGUGACUGUCGAACCUGGAGGAAUGCGCGAGCUCCACUGGCAUCCGACUGAGGAUGAAUGGACUUACUUUCUCUCUGGCACGGCCAGGGUGACAGAAUUCGCAUCGAGUAGCACUGCUCAGACGUUCGACUUCCAGGCCGGAGAUGUUGGGUUCGUCCCGGCCACGUACGGACACUACGUUGAGAAUACCGGGAACGACACACUGAAGUUCCUCGAGAUCUUCAAUACAGAUAUUUUCCAAGAUGUCAGUCUUGCUCAGUGGCUCGCGUUGAUCCCGCCGCAGCUUGUACAGGCGCACUUGCAAAUCUCGAAUGAGACUAUUGCAGGGUUCAACAAGACCAAACAAGUUGUCGUCGGACCCAACUAA